UGUAUUGAAGGUAAACAAGAACGAACAGCUCAGCUGAGCGAAAUCACAAGGAUGAAUGAUACCAAUGAAGAAGAAGUAAUAAAAACAUUUGAAGAGCUUCUUGAAGACAAAGAACUUCUAACAAGUGAUUUUUUCCUCAUCCCAGAGGAGAAAAUAAUCAUAAAAGAGGAAGAUCAAGAAACUAAAGAAGAUAUCAAUCAUCAGAAAGAUAACGAUUCUGGGGAAGAAAAUAAUGUGAAGGAAGAAAUAUCUGAACAAAUCCCAGAUAAAGAGAGUGAAACAAAAGACCCAGAUGUAGCGAGUAACACAGCUGUAAAAAGUGGCCGGGUGGAGGCUCUUAAGGCCUUGGAUAAGAAACUAGUGGGACUGUAUUUUUCAGCAGGCUGGUGUCCCCCAUGCCGGCAGUUUACUCCUUUACUAAAGGACUUCUAUGAGGAAACUCAGCGACGCAAUUCUCCUUUUGAGGUGGUGUUUAUCAGCUGUGACAAGAAGGAGGACGACAUGAUGACUUACUACAGAGAAAGUCAUGGUGACUGGCUGGUCGUCCCAUUCGGAGACCAACUCCAGGAGGAUCUAAAGACAAGAUUCAACAUUACAGCUGUGCCAAAAUUAAUCAUUGUAAACAAUGCUGGUGAUGUUAUCACCUUGAAAGGUCGUAAGGAAAUCCAGGACAAAGGCAUUGUCUGUUUCAGGACCUGGCAGGAAAUAGCUACAUUCAGGGAAAACAGAUCAAAGAGCCAAGCAUCAGCAGCUCCCCCUACAGACAACAAGGAGGAAGAGGGAGACAAAUCUUUACAAGUCUGAAGCCAUUUAAAACAUCAUUAACAUAUUGUAGCUACUCAAGAGAUAUUGAGUUGUAAUGUAUGAAGUUAUUUAUGAAUUGGAUAGAUGUAGAACCUGUUGUCAGCACAAGUAAAUGCAUUUGUAGUGCUGGAAAAAAUAUUAACAAAGAAUUUUGUUUUAUCAAUAUUGUUUUCUUACUAAGAAUAUAACAAAGUGUAUAUCGUUAUAUUUAUUUUAAGGGAAAUUUACCAAUGUUUACAUUUGAGCCAAACAAUGGAUUUAUAGGUGAGGUAUAAUUCCAGCAUCAGGAAACACUCUCAUGUAUGUAUGGCAGUGUAGCCUUAAUUGAAGUCCAUCAUUUUGUAUAUAAGGCUCCUGACAUAGUUAUUUAUAAUUUAUGUUCAGGCCAGUCAUUUAUUAUUAUUAUUAAAUAAUAUUGUUUAUGUAGAACAAAAACAAUGCUUUACUUAAUGGUUCACACAAUUAUUCAUACAAAAAUUUACAACUGAAUAAUAACCCAUCAGAGGUGUUAAUGUUUGUGCCGACUUUGAAGUAACUGGAUAGUAGCGACGCCAUCAGAAUUUUAUUUUAUUAGGGACCAAGUUGAGCUUAUGCCAUACCUUGGCAUCUGGUGGUUGUCCGUUCAUCAACACUUACCGUGCGAACAUAAUAACUUCAGUAAAUGUCAUUCAAAUUUGAUGAAACUUUGUAUGCAGCCAUAUAUUGACUUGAUCUGGGACCAGUUUGAAAAUGAAAAUUAUUCGACAGUAACUUACAGAGUUAUUGCCCUUUGCAAUUAUAUUAUUAUUGGACCUUGUGAACACAAAUAACUCGACUUGGACAAGUAAAUAUCAACUAAAUUUGAUGAAACUUUGUAUGAAGCCAUAUAUCAACAAGAUCUCAUACAAGUUCGAAAAUGGAAACAAUCAACAGUUACUUACAGAGUUGUUGCCCUUUGUAAUAAUAUUGUUUGACCUUGUGAGCGCGAUAACUGGAGUGAAUAUCAAUUUUGCAGGAAACUUUGCAUGCAGCCAUAUAUCGACAGGAACUUGGUCGAGUUAUUGAAAAUGGAAAUUAUUCGACAGUAACUUGUAACUUACAGAGUUAUUGCCCUUUGCAUAAUAUUAUUGGACCUUGUGAACAUGAUAACUGCAGUAACUAUCAACCAAGUUUGAUAAAAGUUUGCAUGUAGCCAUACAUCGACAAGAUCUUGGACGAGUUCAAAAAUUGGAAUUAUUCAAUUGUAACUGACAGAGUUAUUGCCCUUUGUAAUAAUAUGAUCAUUUACAAUUUUUUACCCCAAUUGGCCCAAAGGGUUUAUCUUUUAAAAACGCUACUAGUCCUGAAAAACUAAAUGGAUUUUUGUUGCAUAAAUGAAGGAUGUGACAACCGUGGGUUGGGAGAAAGGGGCCCCAAUAAGGGAAAUGG